AUGCCUUCCUUCAAGACCUUCGCGGACUUUCAGAAGAAGGCACAGGAGGUCCACUCCACUCGUGCGGACGCAGGGGAGGAGGCCAAGCCACAGCAGGAAGAGUUGCGAAUCGGCCUACCCGUGCGGGUGAAAGGCCUCCAAGCACGGCCGGAGUUGAACGGACUGGAAGGUGUCCUCACUUUCUUCGAUGAGCAGAAGUCGCGAUGGCAGGUCGAGCUCAAGAACGGUGGGGGCGCGAAGCUCUUUAAAGCGGCGAAUUUGGAGCACUACAUCUCCGACCAGGACGCCUUGGAGAUAUUGAAGAGCAAGCCGGUCAUCAAGGAGGCCAAGGAGCCAGCACGAGCUCCAGUGGCACCCAGCGCGCCAGCGACGGCAACGCCCAGCGAGGCAGCGCCCGAGCCGACGGGCGCAGGGGCGCCGAAGUCCUUUCUGGAGCGCUCGCGCUACGGCAAGGCGGAGGGCCCUUCCGCAGCCGCAGUGGCCGCGGCGGCCGCUGUGGCAAAGGGUGGCAAGGCCCCAAGCGCCAAUGACGACCAAAGCGACACGACGCUUCCGGACGAGGUGGAUGAAGCAGCAUACGCUGUCCUGUUGCACGUCGUCCGUUACAACAAGAAGCAUUAA